UCGGCAUCACGCCCACCACCCUUUCCGGUUACUCGUUUCUGCCAAAGCCUUCAUGGUCCACAUUUAGCCCACUACAUCUGUGGCUUUUUUUCAAACUUGAUAUUGUAUUUAUAUAAAUUAAUCCAAACAUGGCAGAGGCCAUUCAAAAGAAACUGAAAGCCGAGCUAGAAAAAUAUACUCAGAUGCAAAAAGAUGUUAGCAAGAGCAUGUCAGCCCGACAGAAGCUGGAGACGCAGCUGACAGAAAACAACAUCGUCAAAGAGGAGCUAGAUCUAUUAGAAAGUGCAAACACAGUCUACAAACUCAUUGGCCCUGUCCUGGUGAAACAAGACUUGGAUGAGGCCAAAGCUACUGUGACAAAAAGGCUGGAAUACAUCAACGGAGAGAUUCAGCGGUAUGAGACGCUUCUGAAAGACAUGGAGAAGAAAUCCGACCAGCACCGAGAGCUUUUGUCUAGUUUACAGCAGGAGUUUCAGAAAGCACAAGGCCUUGCUGUAGGAAAAGUCUGACCAAGUGAAGAAGUGCACAAACACACACACACAGACACACACACCACAAAGCUCAGUUUUGGGAGUCCAUUUCAAUGAAAUCGGCUUGUAUCUUUCACUUGCUGGGGCGACUCUUCUGCGCUAACUAAUAAACAUGUUUUUUCAUGA